AAAAGCUUCAGUCGGCGCUCAAACCUUAUCACACAUCAGAGAAUCCACACAGGGGAGAUGCCUGACACGUGCCCUGAGUGCGGGAAAAGCUUCAAUCAGCGCUCACACCUUAUCACACAUCAGAGAAUCCACACAGGAGAGAUGCCCUGCACAUGCGCUGAGUGCGGGAAAAGCUUCAAUUGGCCCUCACGCCUUAUCACACAUCAGAGAAGCCACACAGGAGAGAAGCCCUACAUGUGCUCUGAGUGUGGGAAAAGCUUCAGUCAGCGCUCAAACCUUAUCACACAUCAGAGAAUCCACACAGGGGAGACGCCCUACACGUGCUCUGAGUGCGGGAAACGCUUCAGUCAGCGCUCAAGCCUUAUCACACAUCAGAGAAUCCACACAGGGAAGUCGCCCUACACGUGCUCUGAGUGCGGGAAACGCUUCAAUCAGCGCUCACACCUUAUCACACAUCAGAGAAUCCACACUGGGGAGAUGCCCUACACAUGCUCUGAGUGCGGAAAAAGCUUCAGUGAUCGCUCUUCCCUUAUCACACAUCAUAGAAUCCACACAGGGGAGACACCCUACACAUGCGCUGAGUGCGGGAAAAGCUUCAAUCGGCGCUCAAACCUUAUCACACAUCAGAGAAUCCACACCGGGGAGACGCCCUACACGUGCUCUGAGUGCGGGAAAAGCUUCAGUCGGCGCUCACACCUUAUCAGACAUCAGAGAAUCCACACAGGGGAGAGCCCUUCCACAUGCUCUGAGUGCGGCAGGGGCUUCACUCAGAGAUAUACCCUUAACUCUCAUCAGAGAAUCCACACAGAAGAGCGACCCUACGAAUGCUGCAAGUGCGGGAAAAGCUUCACUCAGAGAUCAGCCCUUAUCUCUCAUCAGACAACGCACACGGGAGAGCGACCCUACGAAUGCUGUGAGUGCGGGAAAAACUUCACCCGAAGCUCAAACCUUACUAGGCAUCAGAGGGUCCACACAAGAGAGAGACCUUAUGAAUGCCAUGAGUGCGGGAAAAGUUUCAGUCACUUCUCCUCCCUUAUCUCUCACCAGAGAGUCCACACAGGAGAGAGACCCCAUGAAUGUUGCGAGUGUGGAAAAAGCUUCUCUCGGAGCUCAAACCUUACUAUGCAUCAGAGGAUCCACACAGGAGAGAGACCCUAUGAAUGCAGUGAGUGCGGGAAAAGCUUCACUCAUAGCUCAGGCCUUUCUAAACAUCAGAGAAUCCGUAAAGGAGAUAAGCUU